AUGGUCCUUCCUACAUCUAGCACAGGACCGACUCAGGUGGUCCAUGGUUUUGCAGAGGGUUCGCCAGGAAUCUCUCCCUCGUCCUCGCCCCAGCCUUCCUCCAGAGACACCGUCGCUGCUGCUGCGACCGUUGUCAAGCCACCGUUGAACCCUUUGGAAACACUUGAGGAACAAGAUUUCAUACGAGCUGUCCACCUAUCCCUGCAGGAUCAGGCCCAAGGAAAGGAGAAAUCAAACACCCAAGCGGGCCCGUCUCACCGUAAGUCGUUGUCGUCAAAGUCAGGAGAGCCAUCAGUUCCCCUUGUCUUGAGUUUGAACAAUGAGUUCACUCCCCUCGACGACAAGACGGGCGACACUGCCAUCUAUUUUGGCCCUCCUCCACAGAUGCCAGAGCAAAACCACAAGGACUACGACUAUAUCAGACAACACUUUGAUCGCGUCCAUGUUGUCCAAAGCAGAAAUCUUAGGCUCAUGGGUGACGAGUCCAGAUUUAGCGAAAGAGACCUUCUGAACCCCACAAAGUCGUUUCGUGCCGAGAGAAAGCUGAGGAAGCUUGGUGUUCUGAACAGAGCAGAGGCUGAACAUGGAGGCAAAUUCAAAUACUACAUUGACCUCCGCCCUCCCAAUGAAGACGACGAAGCCGUCAUCCUCAUCACCGAUCUGACUUGCACUCGUGGUGUGCUCACAUGGCAUCUGGCAAUGAAGAAGUAUGAUCUGUCUCCUCUGGCCGUACUGGGCCAUGACGAAUUCGGCGUCCAGCCUCACGUCGAUAUGUUACUCGACCCGGUGACCUCUAUGGAAACCACUGAAGGUGCAAGUCCGGAUACUUCUAACACAACAAAGCCAAGGUCAGGGAGUCACUCUUCGAGCGAACAGCCUGCUUCUCCAACCACUCCAGCCUCAAACCCACCGAUUCCACCAGAAUAUUCUCCGCUUCGGCACUGGUCCGCCCUCGAACGUCUGCUCCAGGCAAUCCAAGGGAACGAUCCGAAGCUGGACUCUGCCCCUAAAGUGUGGACCUUUUUCGCCGUUUCUCGAUAUUUUGGCUGCGCUACUCAUGAGCGUAUCUCAGGGUGGAUCAUGACUUGGCUUUAUUCGGGCGAUAACAGCAACUUCAUUCAAAACAACCCUGAAGUGGCAUAUCGUAUUGGAAUGGGCAUCAGAUCUACGGACCUCAUCAAAGACUCAUUUUCCAUCCUCGUCGGCGAGCGGGCACUUGUUGAAGCCUGCGGCGAGUUCAACCCAGAGAUUUUGACCCGUCGUCUUCAAAGUGUACAUGGUCGAAAGCUGGAGCUUCUCGACGAUGAUGAACGCAAUCGAAUUGACCACGCUGCUUCGUCUUUCGUCAAGCGAAUUCGCGAAAUCGUCUGCAGUAUGUAUCAUGACAUGGACUUUCUACACAAGAACGCAGCCUAUGCAAUACUCGACAAUGCUGUUGGACAAACCCAGGGGGCGGUGGAGGCGCUAAAAUCGACCAAGAGCACUGUGAGGGAGUACAUCAGGUCCAGAAUCUAUUACGUUUUAUGCCAGGAUCAAGGGAGCCUCAGAGGCCUAGAGUCGGACCCAAAGUCUACUCUUCCUUUUCGGUCAGCUUCUGUUGAGGACUACGGUACCGUGUACAGAUCUCUCAAUCAGCAAAUGAGGCACUUCACCAAGACAUUCUGGACGGCGUUGCAGUAUACGCAAUUUGACGAAGGCUAUCACAACACGUCCAAUAAAGGCACGGCUGGCAUGGAAAAUGAUACACAUUACCACAAGUCCCUUCGAGGGAUCUAUGAUGAGGAUCCCCUCAAUGGAAUUUCUCGAGUCCCGCGGAGGACUUUGGAGCGCAAGAUCAAUGCCAUCAAUGAGAUGUUCCACCGCCGAGAGAUCGUCCAUGGAAAACCAUCCCCAAAGCGUCGCAAGACUAGCGGAGCAAACGACUUCGACCAUGCCUUCCGGGAAACGGACAAUGCAAUAUCAUCCUCCACUGUACGGAUGUCCAUUGCUCCUUCAUGGAAACCUUCUCCGCUCAAGCCAGUACCGACGAUACCUGCACCUGGGAUGGAGCCACCUGUUUUCUCACUGAGAUCCAAGCCAACAGGUACAGGAAGUGGCUCGCAACAGACAAAUACCAAUGUCGCCUACAGCUCCUUUGGGAGGCAGGCGGACAUUCCUAUUCGUCCGAAGCAAACAGCACCAGAGGUUGCACGUAUGAAUAGUGAUACACAAUAUCCAUAUGGACAGGGUACUAUGUUCGAACGCCACAUCCCAGCCGAGUCAACAGCAACACACCCGAGCAACUCAACUCCGGCGGCUCCAAUGGCAGCAGACAACGCUUCAUCUUCCACUUCCUCAGCUUCAAACACAUUCUACAACCCAUACACCGGCAUAUAUGAACGAUUAAAUCUCCCCAACGUGGAAGAGCCCAAUCCUUGGACCGGCUAUCGCGUCAAACAAUUCUUCUCCAAUAGCAACACCGACACUGAGGGAGACAUGUCUCCUUCCCUUUGCCCUUACCAUAGCCCCAUCGAUCCAAUAGUCUUGCUCAACGACGUCAGCAGAGCGAUUGAAACGAUCUGUUCAAGGGUCUUGUAUCCGCCUCAUCUCUUCCACCAGACCGGUCUGUUGCCCACGGACCUCUACGAUAACCUUACCUGUCUCAAUGCCAACGAAUUUCGCUAUCUGCCACUCUGGGUGCCCGAUGGCAAUGACGACGGAACAGGAGGGGUGUUUGAAGAGGUGCCCGUCCCGAAUCUUGAUCCUAUCCGGACGAGCAUUGAGAGCUUUGGGCCGGGACGGAUUAAACGAGGAUUCGAUCAAGCGGACACCGAGGUGAGCAGUGAUGCUGACGAGAUCACAAGUUCCCAGGCGAUCAGUACCGUGGGCAAGGCCAGUAAGCUCGCCACGGACGGGACCCGGACGGUGAAGAGUGUCUCGAUCGCCAGCACCAUCAACGUCAAACGAGAGCAUGCGUUUGCAGGCCGGGAUGAUUCUGACAUUGUUGACGUGGGUAAGACUUCUUUGGGAGUGGAUGAUGAGGGUGAUACGGACAUGCCGAGUAUCGACGACGACGACGAGGAUGGUGCUACUGCUGCAGCUAUCGAUGAUGACGACGAUGAUGAAAACCCAUUCGAAGAUGGAGACUCAGACAGCGAUGGUUUCCAAUGGGACGACGAACCAGCGAAAGCAUCGCCGACGGGUUCCAGACUGUUCGGAACCGCCAACGAGGACGGAGCUGGACUUAGGGAUGGUAGUCAAGGUCAAGCGCGGGCUCGAACCCAGAUCACCAUCAACGACGCAAGCUCGGAAAUGGAGACAAUCCCACCUUCAGACGCCGAGGGAAAUGACAACACGGCCAGGAAGGACAGCGGGAAAGAUAAAGCCAAAGCCAAAGCCCAGGACUUGCCCCAUGGCUUCAACUUCGACUUCGCCUUCGCAGAUCCAGAUCUCCCACACCUCUGCGACCGGGACCCGACCACCAACAUCGACACCGAGACGGAGCAGGCUCGCCCUUUGCACCACCAGCCUCAGGUCCGGCGUCCACAUCACGAUCGCGCCUCGACCUCAAGCUCUGCCAGCUCGGUCGUCUGGAUCGACAAGGACGACGGUGACGACGACGAUGAUUUCGAACUCAUCUGA